AUGAUUAAAAAUAUUUCUAAAGUCAAGACACUAGAAGAAUCAGAAAAACUUCUAAAAAGGAUCUACAGUAGCCAUUCAUUAUUUAGCUCAGAAAUUAGAUUGAGUUUGGAAGUGGCGAUAAGAGCAUCUGCAGAAAAAAUUCUUGAUACAUUUUAUUGGGAAAGGAAUGUAUCAGAGAGUCAUAUAAGCCAUGGAAUGUUCUUAGACUUAUUUGUAAAUUUAUUUUAUGAUGGAAUGAAAUAUUUAGUAGAUGACCAAAAAAAAAGAGAUUUAGAAUGUUUAGUAAUAGAACAUGGAAAAUUUGAAGCAGUAAUUGAUAAUGGAAAAGCAUUAAGUGAUAGAGGUAUUUUUCUUGUUGGCAAGAACCUUGAGGAGUUACAAGAUAUUUUGGAGACACCUCCUGGUGAGGGAACUUCAGAUGAAGAAUGGAUAAUUAAACAAAAUUUAACUCCACAAGACAUAUUAAGAAUUAAAAAAAAUGAAAGUCUCAGUCAAACUCCAUUAUUGGCAUUUGAAGAUUCAAAUGAAGAAUGGAUAAUUUAA